CUCCUUUGAGCUCUUGCCAGACCGUCGGUGUGAGUGGAGUGUAGUUGAGAUUUUUGGGAGGCUGAGGUACUGGGACGUGCAUUAUUUUUUUGGAGCAGAACCGAGCGCGAGUCCACGUUUGGGAAAAUCCGCAACACACUUAUCUUUGGAGAUUUAAACAGAUUGACCCAUCACCAUGACAACAGAAGCGGGCUCUGAGACAGAGGUGAAGGAGAAAGCAGAGGAGUCAGCUGCUCAGCCGGACCAAUCGGAGACGGCCAAGCCAGAGAGCCAGGAAGUAGCAAACGUUGAGGGAGGGGAGAAGGAGAAGGGGAAGGAGAAGGAAAAAGAGGGCAAAGAAGGCAAAGGGAUAACUCGAUACCUGCCAACAUGGUUUAAGAAACAGAAAUCUCAGACAUCUCCAACAAAGGAGGUCCCAGCAACAGAGGAACCCGUCAGCAAGGGGGUAGAGGGAGAGGAGGAGCCUGCCCCGGAGGUGAACGGCCACGCCGAGGAAGUGGAAGAGAAAGAGGAAGUGAAGUCGGAGGAAGUCAAGGAAGCAACGCAGCCUGAAUCUGACUCCAACGCCAGUGCAGACACUGAGCCGGCAAAGGAAGAGAAGGUGGAAGACGCCACUGCAAAAAGUCCGGAGAAGACCAAAGACACUGCAGUCGGAGAAGGAGCAGAGGAGGAGAAGAAGAAGGAGCCAGAAGGACACGUGGAGGCUGAAACAGACGGAGGAGAAAGCCAGACUUCGAUUUUCCAGUCUCCUCUUCGCCUGGUGAGGAAGAAUAAGAUGAAGGUGGUGGUGUGUCACGUCACCCUCCUGGAUGGGACUGACUUCACCUGUGAGGUGGAGCAGAAACGAGCCAAGGGGCAGUACUUGUUCUUCAAGGUGUGUGAGCACCUAAAUCUGUUGGAGAAGGACUACUUUGGCCUGACGUACAAGGACAACCAUGAUGAGAAGUGUUGGUUGGAUCCCACAAAGGAGAUCAAGAGACAGAUUCGCAGUAACAACUGGCAGUUUGCAUUCGGUGUCAAGUUUUACCCUCCUGACCCAUCGCAGCUCACCGAGGACAUCACAAGGUACCUUUUGUGUCUGCAGCUGCGGGAGGAUGUUGCUUCUGGACGGCUGCCUUGCUCAUUCGUCACCCACGCUCUGCUGGGGUCAUACACGUUGCAGGCCGAACUGGGCGACCAUGAACCCGACCAACCUCGCCCUUUGGACUUCAUCAGUCAGCUGACGUUUGCGCCCAAUCAGAACAAAGAGAUGGAGGAGAAGAUUCUUGAACUCCACAAAUCCCACAGGGGAAUGACACCAGCACAGGCGGACCUCCAGUUUCUAGAAAAUGCCAAGAAGCUGUCCAUGUACGGAGUGGACCUGCACCACGCCAAGGAUUCAGAAGGAGUGGACAUCAUGCUGGGUGUGUGCGCCAACGGACUCUUGGUGUACAAAGACAGGCUUCGGAUAAAUCGGUUCGCUUGGCCCAAAAUACUCAAGAUAUCGUACAAGAGGAACAACUUCUACAUCAAGAUCAGACCAGGAGAGACGGAGCAGUUUGAGAGCACCGUGGGAUUCAAGCUCCAGAAUCACCGAUCUGCUAAAAGGCUGUGGAAGGUCUGCGUAGAAAACCACAGCUUCUUCAGGCUAAACGCGCCGGAGCCUCCUACCAAGGCCCGCUUUCUGACGCUGGGAUCCAAGUUCCGCUACAGCGGGCGAACGCAGGCCCAGACCCGGCUGGCCAGUUCUCUCAUAGACCGACCCGCACCCAGCUUCGAACGCACCUCCUCGAAACGCAUCAGCCGCAGCCUGGACGGAGCACCGGUGAUCAGCAUAACUGAGGCUGGAAGUGAGACGGCGGAGAACGGACGGGAUCAUCGUCUAGAGCUUCACUCUGACUCCAAGUCAAUCUUUAUGUUCCCUCUUUCGUUUUCCUCAUCAUCCUCACUCUCCUCCAUCCCCCCUUCGCUCGACUCCAUCUCCGAGCUCGACCGCGCCCUUUCCGACAUCUCCGAGGACGACGACCGAGCCGAGGACGCGGAAGCCGCACGCUCGUUGUGGAGCCUCCCCUCAAACACCCUUUCGCUUUUCACCGAUCAGCAGCUGGCUGAUCUUGGACACCUCAUUCAGACCUCUCCAUCCUCCCAGCCGGUCUCUGCCUCCCAGACAUGCAGCUCGGAGCUUGUGAAAUACGAGGAGGGCGUCACCAGAGCAACAGCUGGUUGGGCGAAUUUGCGACAGUGGUUCUCUCUGAAGGGUGUGGUUAAAUUAGCUUCUUUCAUCUUGUGUUUCCUCUCGGUUUUAAGCAAGAAUGAAAGCAGGUGUCUGCCCAGGAAGAUAUUUACAGGGCUAGGAGAGAAGCUGAACAUUUAUUUUAACAUUUUUGGCACUAAAUAUUCACCUUUCAACCUACCUGCAUUUAGAUUACGUCAAAUUGUGAGCUGUUUAGCAUUUCUGUGGGCUCGUUUUCUGGCAUUUUUGACACAUCUCCCACUAAAACUCAAGAAGUUCGUCGGUACUCUGCCUUUAUACGCAAAGCAGCGACAGUUUCCCAAAGUAUCCUCCAUCCCCAACCCUCAGAUUGUCUCCUUCUCUUUGCUUUCCUCCUUUUCUUCCCGUUCCCCUCUUCCUCUUACCACCUUCCGCUCUUCUAGCUUCACUGCAUCUGUCCAUCGCUACCUCCUAAACCCCUCCCCUCUCUUCCUCCCAUGCCUCUUAGCACUCUUCCUGCUCGUCGUGAUGGUGACAGCGAGCCAGUCGGUCGUUUUAGCCCUGAUUUUAGCCACACCCCUCGGCCUGACCCUGUCCUACUUGGAGACGGCCGUCUCCAGUCGAAGAAAGACUCUUUUGCCCGUGUUUGUCAGCCACGAGGCAAGCGAGCGUAAUUCAAGCUCCGGUGCAGACCAGGACGCCUCCGCCCUCACACCGACACACACGCACCCUCACGCCAGGCACCACGGAGGCAUAGGCUGGACCCAGGAGAUGUGUGAUCCUGCGGCGUAAAUUCGCACAUUCAGAUUUCUCAUCCUGCCCCACUUUCCAUUUUAAUUCUUUUUUUGUUUUCAGCCUUUAUGAGAAUGUAAACAUCACAUAAACCUAAAUGUUUCCUCCUUUUGUUUUUCCCUGCUAACAGCACCUCCUGAUAAAUCAUCCUCCUCUUAGCUUCCCUGCACCUCACUCUAAUCUUUCCAAAGUAAAGAAUGAAGUUUGUGACAUUAUUUAAGGAAGUAAAACUAUUUUUAAAAAAAAGUAUCUAAAUGAAGAAUAAUUAUAUAGUAAGUAGAUAUAUGUAAGGCUUUUAGAUGCUGUUUUUGACUAAAGUAAACAGAUACGUGUUGAACACACUGUACAGUAACUUAACAAAAUAGAUAAAGUGUAGUAUUUAAAAAUCUGCAUUAUUUUACAAUGUUCUCACUGAGCAUUUAUUAGCUCUUGGAUAUUAAACAAAUGGGCACCCAUUUGUUUUCACAUAGGCAUGGGCCGGCGCGAGAAUACCGCUGCAUGAAAAAAGCAAAAACUAUUAUGUUACUUUAUAUCGUGCGCUCAUAUAAACCAUUAAAAUCUCCCAGAUGUGCACAAUCUGUGCACAUCAAAGCGACACGUGUAUCUCAAAGACACAACAUUUCCUGAUUUUUUUCCCCACAACAACUAACAGGCAGUGCAGACAAAGAAAACAUCUGGCAUCACGCUGAAAGGAGAAGAAAUGAUUUAGUGACAGAUUUAGCUGUUCCGAAGCCGUGAUUUACCCUGAUUCCCGCUAACCGGACCAUGCAUAUGUGUAACACAUUUGGCGCCCCCCCCCCCUAUAGAAACUUUAGAACUCAAAACGUAUUAAGUUUUUUAUGAAGGCCCUCUACUUCAUCUGGAG